AUGGGGUUACUACUUCUGCCGGCUGUGGCUUUCGCCAUCUUCGUCGUCUACUAUGUCCUAGUCCCGAAGAAGAAGACAGGUCUUCCUCUUCCACCUGGACCUAAACCCCUCCCUAUCAUCGGCAACCUCCUUGACCUCCCACCCACCGGCACAGCAGAGUACAAGCACUGGGCCAAGCACAAGGAGCUCUAUGGACCCAUUAGCUCUCUUAAUGUCAUGGGCCAGCCCAUGAUCAUUCUCAACAGCCCAGAUGCCAUGCAUGAGCUCCUCGAGAAGAGGUCUACCAAGACUUCUUCUCGUCCCAGUGCCAAGUUCGGAGGCGAGCUCUGUGGUUUCAGCGUGAUGCUUCCUCUUAUUCCCUACGGUGACAAGUUUCGAUACUACCGCAAGUUGGUGCACCAGCAGAUGGGCACCAAGCUGAUCUGCUCCGAAUUCCGAGACACUCAAGACCUUGAAUCCCUUCGCUUCCUGAUCCGCACCAUUGAACGACCUGAGGACUUCCAAAAGCACAUCAAGACUGAAGCCAGCGCCAUCAUCCUCCGAAUCAUCUAUGGAUACAACAUCGAACCCAGCAAGGUCGACCCUCUCGUCAGCCUUAUUGAGACCAUGAUGACCAACUUCGGUGCCGCCUUCGUCCCUCUUCAAUGGGCUGUCGACAUCAUUCCCGGCCUUAAUGAUCUCCCCGACUGGUUCCCCGGUACUGGCUUCAAGAAGACUGCUAGGGAGUGGCGCAAGGUUACCGACCAAGCUUUGGAUAUCCCCUACGACUUUGUUAUGAAUCAGAUGGCAAGCGGAACAAACCGACCUUCCUAUGUGUCUCAGCUCAUGAGCAGCAAGUCUUUCAAGAACGAGAAGGGUACUGGAGAGCCUACUAAGGAAGACAUUGACGCUGUCAAGGCCACUGCUACCAUCAUGUACGGUGGUGGUGCCGAUACCACUGUCUCGACCAUCAGCAGCUUUGUUCUCGCCAUGAUCUGCUUCCCUGAAGUCCAGAAGAAGGCCCAGGAGGAAAUUGAUCGUGUCACCGGUGGUGAACGACUCCCCAACUUUGAUGACCAGGAGAAGAUGCCCUAUGUCGACGCCUUGUCCAAGGAAGCGCUCCGAUGGAUGCCUGUUGUCCCCACUACUACAACCCACAUGACCACUGAAGAGCUCGAAUACAACGGCUACCAAAUCCCCAAGGGCACCUACCUCAUCCCCUCAACCUGGGCUCUCCUUCACGAUCCUGAGACAUACCCCAACCCAUCUGCUUUUGAACCUGAGCGAUACAUCGCGCCUCGCAACGAGCCUGACCCAAGUGACUUUGCCUUCGGAUACGGACGCCGAAUCUGCCCUGGUCGUUACCUCGCUGAGGACAGUGUCUUCAUGACCUGUGCGCGCCUCUUGGCUGUGUUCAACAUGCGAAAGGCUGUUGACGAGAAUGGAAAGGAGAUCGACGUUGUGGUUGACGGUACACCUGGACUUAUCAGCCACCCUGUUGAUUACGCUUACAGCAUCACUCCCCGAAGCGACAAGCAUGUCGAGAUGGUGCGAGCUGCUGAAAGAAUGAAUCCUUGGGAGGAGAGCGAUGCCCCUCUUUUGCCUAAGGACUCUUUGGUUUAG